AUGACUGCGCUCACGAACACGCUAAACCCAACAACCUCCUCGACGCUAACAAUUCGUGUGAUCAAGAACUUUGAGUAUCGUACUGUCAAGAACAUGGUUCUUCAGAAUGUCAACCUGGAGACAACAACUGUCGAACAGUUGAAAGAAAUAAUACGAGAGAAAAUAAACACUACGCCUGGUUUCAAGCCAUUUCGUAACGUGAAUUAUGACACGCUCAAAGUUUACACCAAAGCUCAUGGAGCCAAACCAACAAAUCUUGUGAUUAACUUUGAACAUGACGAAGACUGGCUCUUGAAUUACGAACACAGCGCUCUACUAUCAUAUGGAAUUGAAAACGAAACAGAAAUCUCAUUCUUCAAUUUCGAAGCCUAUGAAAAGUAUAAGGAGCAUCCAGAUAUCCAAUGGGAUUGA